GUUGGUGCGUUUUGUUGAUUUCAACAUGGCGGCUUCGAAGAGGGUGGCCUGCUCUCUGUGGCACUUUAUAUCUAGGGAUGAUCCCUUUAGACAAAGACUUUUAAAUAUGAAUAGAAUAAAAAACAUCAGAAGCUUAAGUAGAAGCAUUAGUCGCCCUUCAAAGGGGGCUAACUUUCCAGUUCGAAGCGAUUGUAUGUUGCCCGAAAAAUGUUUUGAAGGCAAGAUUGCAUUUGUUACUGGUGGAGGGACAGGCUUAGGGAAAGGAAUGGUGAAGAUGUUAUCUGAGCGAGGUGCGACUGUCAUCAUAUCUAGCAGGAAGCUUGAAGUCCUUGAAAAGACGGCUGAGGAAAUAUCCAGUCAAACUGGAAACAAAGUUUUACCAGUAGCUGCAGAUGUGCGUGACCCAUCACAAGUAGCUGCUGCCAUAGAUUUCUGUGAGAACAAGUGUGGUCUCCCUGAUUUGAUAAUCAACAAUGCAGCAGGGAAUUUUGUGUCUCCAACAGAAAGGCUGUCUGCAAAUGCUUGGAAAACAAUCAUUGACAUUGUCCUGAAUGGCACAGCAUUUGUAACAUUGGACCUUGCAAAGCGCUUGAUCAAAGCCCAGAAAGGUGCAAAUUUCUUGGCAAUCACGACCAUCUAUGCUAAAUCUGGUUCAGGUUUUGUGGUGCCAUCUGCAGCCUCGAAAGCUGGUGUAGAGACCAUGACCAGAUCCCUGGCUGCAGAAUGGGGAAGAUAUGGAAUGAGAUUCAAUGCUAUCGCUCCAGGACCCAUUGAGACUAAGGGUGCCUUCAGCCGUCUUGAUCCCACAGGAGAAUUUACAAAGCAUGCUAUAGAACGCAUUCCCACUGGCAGACUUGGUGAAAUCCCAGAACUGGCAAACCUAGCAAUGUACCUUGUUAGUGACUACUCCAGUUGGAUGACGGGAGAAGUUGUGACAUUUGAUGGAGGAGAGUAUGUCUCUAUGGCUGGUGAAUUUAAUGAAUUCAGAAAGAUCCCAAAUGAACAGUGGGACCAACUGGAAGCACUUAUCAGAAAAACAAAGGGCUCUUAAUACACUUGUUGCAAUUUAGGAAUCAGUCUCUAAAGUGUACAUUUAACCUCUCUUAAUGUGAUCUUAACUUUGUUCCUGUCUUUACAUCUAUGAUGAGAAGAUCCUAGAUACAUUUCCUUCAUGAAAAUUGUAAAUGUUUGAUUGAAGAAUCAAAGUUUAUUUAUAAUCCA